AUGGAAAACUUAGAGCAAGAGAUCGCUGCAUUAAAUCGAAAACUUCAUAGCAAAAAUGAAGCUUUGAAAAUCAUGCGUUCUGAGUUGGAGUGUUUUAGAACUGAAAGGGAUCAAUUUAAACUAAUGGCUGAAACUAUUCAACUACGAUAUUGUGCAAUGAAAAAUGGUUUAGAAAGUUCAGGAAGAGAUUUAACAAAUGGAAGUACAAGUUCAACAAUCGAAUUAUUCAUUACUCAAAACAAGGAGAAAAAUAUAAUUUUGCAAACGGAAACCGGAUUACUUCGUCAAAAACUCCAAGAACUACAAGGUGAUCUUAAACUUCUGAGAAAUAAAAACAAUAACAACACACAGCUUAAUAAAAAAAAAGCCAUUGUAUUUAAUAUCGAAAAUGAAGAAACACUAAAAUCAUGGAAUGAAGAAAAAUCCAAGCUUAUUGAUCAGUUGGAGGGAUUAAAGAAGAAAAACGCACAUUUACAAUUUGACUUUCGAUCUUUACUUGAUGAAAAGGAAGAAAUUGUGAAUGAAAGAGAUUCACUCAAAUGCAAAAUUCAUCAAUUGAACCAAGAAUUAAACAGUGCCUUGAAAGGAAAGGGCUCGAUCGACAUAGGAUCCUUAGUUAUGGAAAAUAAAAGUUUAUGUGGCCGAAUUGAAAUUCUAGAACAGCAACUCGAAUCAUUGAAGCAAUCUAAUGAAAAGUUGCAGCAAUCGGUUAGAACCGAGAUAGUUCAAACUGUAACACAAAUAUAAAUUUGAAUUGAUGAUAAAUGUUAGAUAUGAUGUAUGAUGUGAUUCAAUAAAAAUUAAUUGAUGGUAUUUACC